AAAUAAAUAAUAUAAGUUUUAAUAAAGUUUUUCACGUUAGUGUAGUAAUUCGUUUAGCACGUUAAAGUAUUAAUUUGUUCAAUACGUUAAAGUAGUAAUUCGUUUUAACUCAUUCAAAGUAAUUGUUAAGAAUAUGUCUGCAUCAAGAAAAGAUUAUUUAAAGAACUGGAGAAAAUUAAAUAAAUCAGUUUUAGAAGAAACUCGAGAAAGUGUGGAUGUGUGUAACGUCAACUGUGCACCACCUCAAGAAGAAGAAGUUAGAGCUUAUUUUCAUUCUAGCAGUCAAAGUUGUAGUAAUUUACGUGUGGAAGAAAAUAUGGAAGUACGGUCGAGCGAUUCACCUGAAUAUUUAUCCGACAGUUCUAGUGACAGAAAUUCUUUUAAUUCAACCACCAGUAGAGAAAACCUCUCAGGAGACCUUGCAUCUUGGUGUCUAGAGUUUAAUUGUUCUCAAGCAGCUAUGAAUAGUUUACUCGAUAUACUUCGAAAACAUGGUAACAUGCUACCCAAAGAUGCAAAAACUCUUUUAAAAGUACCACAAGAAGUUCAGUGUGUUCAAAAAUGUGGUGGCACAUAUUACUAUUUUGGAUUAGAAGCUGGUAUCAAAAAAAAUUUAACAGGUUCUGAAAGUGAAAUAUCGCUUAGUUUAAUAUUGACGGAUUACCUUUAUUUAAAUCAUCCAAUACUCAAUUUUGGCCGAUUCUUUGUGAAGUUGGUGGUGGAAAGAUUUUUAUUGUGGCAAUAUACACAGGGGAACGAAAACCAUCAAGUUUGGAUGUGUUUUUAGAUGAUUUUUUAAAAGAAUUGUGUUGUAUAAAAUUAUCUGGUAUAACAAUAAAAUCAGUUGUACACACUGUUAAAGUUAGAGCUUUUCUAUGUGAUGUCCCAGCAAGAUCUUUUUUAAAAGGGACUGUUGGUCAUACUGGAUAUUUUUCCUGUGAAAGGUGCAUUAUUAAAAGAACCUGGGAAGGUAGGGUUGUGUUUAAUAAAGAGCAAGAAUUUCGCAAGCGAACAGAUGAAGAUUUUAGCUGCCAGUCAUAUAAGAAACAUCAGAAAUAUAAGUCUCCUCUUAUAGCUGCUGGUAUCAAAUGUGUUUCUGGAUUCUGCCUUGACUAUAUGCAUUUGAUAUGUCUUGGGGCUGUUAAAAGAAUUCUGAAAACCCAAGAUAUUAUAACAAAAUAAAUUGUAAUCAAAUUUGUUUUCAGAUUGAAAGGCUGAGUAAAAUUGGAGGUGCCAACAUAGGUGACUGUACUCGAACGAUUAUGCGACGUAUGUUGGAUUGUUUUCUCAUGAGAAAUUUCAACAUGGAUGGGCAGAGAGGCGGAAAGAGAAGUUUUAAAGAAACCAAUCUUUAUAAAUGUGUGAUUAGGUCUGUCCUAGAAAGAUAUCCAAAGGAAUCAGAGAAGACAUUCCAUCAGUUUAUUCAGGGCGUGUUGAAAAACGCACCAGCAUCACGAAAAUCUGAUUGAACAUAUUAUAAUUUAGUUUUUGUUGUUGAUGGCGUGAAAUAUAUUUUUGGUAGUAAA